AUGAAGCGGUCCGCCGCCACCUCCGUCGAUGCCGCAGUCCUCGGCGAGACCACCGCUGACCGCAAGCGUCGUCUCGCUCGGGAACGUCAACGCAGACAUAGGCAAAAGCUCAGAAGGGAACACCCGUCAGAUCCCGCUACCACUCCAGUCCCCCGACCCCCGCCUAUCCCAAGGGUCGUCCAGCCCCCCGCCAAGACCGACCGAAGACCCCCACAACACCCGCACCCUCAGCCCCAAUCCGUUCGCAGGUCCAACAGACUCCCGCAACCCUCAAAUCCUCCACAUGCCCAUCAGGAACCUUCACACGUCGACCCGGCCAACCAUGCCAACUUUCGCAGGGCUAUAGAGCUUGCUCGAGCUCAAGCCAGAGUCCAAGCCCAACAUGUCCACCAGCACCCUCAGCAACAACAAGCUCCGUCUGUACACCAGACUCCUGAAGAUGCAGUCGCGGCCGCCAGGUUGAAAUCCUCCCAAAAGGAACGAGCUGCGCCGGAUCCAACCACCUUGCAACAUCGCCAAUUACACACUCAACAGAGUCAGGUCAGAGCAGCACAACAACAGCAAGAUACCCCUUCUGCAGGCCCACGCCAUCGCCACCUCCAGACCCACACCGGUGACCAGCAGAGGCAGCAUCUUCAGCUCAAGCAGCGCCAGCAGCAGCAGCACCAAGGACAGCAGCAACAGACUCCGAAGCAUCCACAACAACCGCAGCAGCAACAGCAACAGCGCCAAAGUCAGCAACAGCAGCAGCAGCAGCAGCAGCGCGCUCAGCGACAGCAUCAACAGCAACUGCACCAACUCCACCGAGAACAGCAGCGCCAACAGCAACAGCAAAGGCAGUACAGCGACAACCUUUUCACCCAGGCACAAGCUCAACCAACUUUCGGGUCCGCCUCCGGCUUCACAGCCGGCACGCAACCGCUUAACGCCUCGCAAGCAAACGCCCAAGCGACACUCCAUGGCGAACAACAGGCCUUCAGCUUUUCUUCUCAAGGCUUUUCUACCAGAACCGCUAACGUCAACCCCGUAGCUUCGCCAACUCGUUUUGUGGCAGAUGCGCAACGACAAUACUUCCAGCAGCAGAAUGUCCCUCUACGCUCCACAGCAUAUCAAGGGCUUGGUUCCCAGAUCCAGCAACGGUCGGAGCAACGAGCGUCUGUGCUCGAUGACCCUGCCGAUGCAGCCGCCGCCGCCGCUGGGCUCACUGCACUACCGGAUGCCGUGAAUCGAAUGCACACAGCGGAAGCAUCGCCAGUGAAGAGCACACCUGCCGGAGUCCUUGGAUUACCAAACGCCCAAGGGGCACGGUACCCGGCGGCAAUAGGUGCGAAUACGACAGCUAAUUUACAGCAUACCCAGCCCGGGCAGCUGCCGGCACAAAGCCAGCAGCAGCAGCAUCAAGGCCAGGCACCGCAUGCAUCUGUUGCGGGGGACUCACUUUCUCGAAAUCCGAAUGAGUCAGCAGAGGAUCGCAAGCGAAGAUUGGCGCGAGACCGACAGCGUCGCAGGCGACAGCGGCUGAAAGGGGAACGCGAGGGGAAAACAGAAGCAGAUUCGUCGCCGCGUUCUAGUGACCCAAAUAGCAGGUUGUUGGCUGGUGGAGGUACUAUACCAGCGUCAUCUGUGGGAAUGGGUGGGCAUGCCAUGCAAGCUCAUGGACAAGGACAAAUCCAAGGCUCUGGAGUAGCUGCACAUUUUGAACCAGGUUCGCUAGGACCAAACGCUGGAAUGCAGUCAGGUUUGCAACAACUCCAUGUACCAGGGGUUGCAGGAGGCCAGGAGGAUCUCGUAAAUGGAGCGAGCCGAGGAGGAUUCAGUGCGCAUACAUUGGGGGUUGGUGGAGUGAGUGGAUCACUCGGUUCAGGCGCGGUGGUAGGGAACGUGGACAGGAUCGGUGGGAAUGAUGGCGAGGUUAAGGAGGUGCCUGUGCCGUUUGAAACUGCCGAAGACCGGAAACGAAGACUCGCGAGAGAUCGUCAGAGGAAGCGACGAAGCCGGCUCAAGGAACAGAAGAAGAAGACUAUUGAGCCCGAUGGAAAGAGUCCAACGUCGUCUCAAACGCUAAAAAAUGCGCGGGACAACACUGGCGGGCGAUUAGUGGAAAACGCAGAACAGCGACUCCCUCCAGAACUCGAUCGACGGGCGAUGGGACAGGAUGGUACAGGGGAUGCCGCACGAAUACCGCUUGGUGCGCCUGGCUCGGCAGUUUUCGGAGGUCGACCGGAUGUGGGCCAAUCUCUUGGAUUUGGGGACCAAGGGCGAGGUCUGCGGGGGAAUUCAUCCAUGGCGGAUGGGACAGGGCUCAAUUUUGGGACGGGAAAUCACGCGCUGAAUUUGCAAAUGCCGGUUGGAAAUAUUGGAAGCGGCGUCCAUUCCCAUCCGCUCAUGGAUUGGAGUCAAGGUUUCGAUUCUGAAAACUCGGCUCGAUUCGCUGUCGACAGCGCCGUCCUAGCUUUCCGGUCGCAUCUCAGUAAUUUGAGCCCAAAUGGACGCACCUAUGUGUUGCAACAAGGUUUAAUGAUCUUGUCAAGCUCCGAAGAAGCCGGUCGCAUAUUCUGAACAACUCUCUUUAUCUAUGUAAACCAUCUGCAAAACAUGCACAUCCUCAUCG